CUUUUAUUACCUGUCGAAGAGUGCGGUUGUUGUCGGACGUGUCGCGGACUUUGCGCGGAUGCUGAAACUAACGAAAUUUAAAAUAAUAAGUAAACAACAAGUGCAGCAGCAGCAGCAGCAGCGUGUCAAGUCGUGUGCCAUCUAUUGUGACUGACUUUCCGAGUGAUAAUCUCUGAAAAUAGCAAAUCGCCGUGGUGCAUGGUCCGUGUCGUUUAGUUUUUGUGCAUUUAAAAUUCGUGUAAAGCUGUGCGCGGGGCGAGUGGCAGAGAGUGCAGAGAGAAGAGGCCAACAAAAACAAAAGAGUUGGAACGAAUAUAAAUUACAGUGCUAUUACAAUUGUUGAAUGUCCGAGAAUAAAGGCAUCAUGCUUGCUAAAUCCAUGCAAAAACACGCUGGACGUGCCAAAGAAAAGAUUUUACAAAACUUGGGCAAAGUUGAUCGCACCGCCGAUGAAAUCUUUGAUGAUCAUUUGAAUAAUUUUAAUCGCCAACAAACAAGUGCCAACAAAUUACAAAAGGAAUUCAAUAACUACAUAAGAUGCAUACGCGCUGCACAAGUCGCUUCAAAGACGCUUAUGGAUGCCGUUUGUGAGGUCUACGAGCCACAGUGGAGCGGCUAUGAUGCGCUGCAAGCACAAACUGCCGCCUCGGAGAGCUUGUGGCUGGACUUUGCGCACAAAUUGGGUGACCAGGUGCUCAUACCAUUGAACACAUACACCGGACAGUUUCCCGAAAUGAAGAAAAAAGUGGAGAAACGCAAUCGCAAGCUCAUCGACUACGAUGGACAGCGUCAUUCAUUUCAGAAUCUACAAGCCAAUGCCAAUAAGCGCAAGGAUGAUGUCAAGCUUACCAAAGGUCGUGAACAACUGGAGGAGGCAAGACGCACUUAUGAAAUUUUGAAUACGGAACUGCACGAUGAGCUGCCCGCGCUAUACGACUCGAGAAUAUUAUUUUUGGUUACCAACUUGCAAACACUCUUUGCCACUGAACAAGUUUUUCACAAUGAAACGGCCAAGAUCUAUGCAGAGUUGGAGGCAAUUGUUGACAAGCUGGCCACAGAAUCGCAACGCGGCUCAAAUACGCUGCGCAAACAAACAGUGAAUGCCAUCAAAACUUCAAGUCCAGUGCAAUCGCCAGUGAACAAGCUGAAUAAUGCGAAUAUUAACAACAGCAACUAUCAAAAUCAAAUUACCACAAACGGUGGCUCCAGUCUGGCCAACAGUCCAACAUCCACAAGCUCGUCUAUGCAAGAGCCAAGAUUUGAUUCAGUUUCUUCAACGCCAGAACCAACAGCAGAGUCGCCACAGCUUACAGAGUCAGCAGCCAGAAGUGCAAGCCCCACAGCAGCCGCAGCAGUGACCAAUGGCGACACCAACAAGACAGUGGAGCUAAGCCCCAAUGCUAAUACAGCUACAACAACAACAACAAUAACCACGACUACAACUACAAAGGAAGAGACCACAGCUGAUGCUGAAGCUGCGCACACAAAUGGCAACAUCGAUGAGCAAACUAGCAACAGCAACACCACAAUCACCAACAGCAACAGCAACACCAACAGCAGCUCUACAACAGAGAAAACAACAACAGCAACAACUGUCGUAGCAGCAACAGCAGCAGCAACAACAGCACCGGUAGCCAAAGAGCCGGGUAAACAGCCCAAAGAGCUGCCCGAUGGCCAGGGCAAUGCCAAUGGCAAUCUGAAUACGCUUGAGGAGCAUAAGCAAAAGAAAUUAGAUACAGAUACAAUUAGCAGUAGCCAAUUAGUUAAUAGCCAAACUGUUAAUAAUCAUAAUAAAAAUCCCUUCGACGAAGACGACGAACGCAUCUACGAAGUGCCCAAGGAUGCCAACACUGCUGAUUUGCCGCCAGGUACGCUGUAUCGCGUCAAAGCUACCUAUGGCUAUGUCAAGGAGGAUGUCGAUGAGCUGAGCUUCGAGAUUGGCGAUGUUAUACGCGUCAUUGAGUAUGACGAUCCAGAGGAUCAGGAGGAAGGCUGGCUGAUGGGUCAAAAGGAGGGCACAACCGAGAAGGGACUGUUUCCUGCCAACUUUACGCGUCCCAUUUGAGCAGCAGCAACAACAACAACAACUUGACGCAUAUUUUUGUUAUACUGUUAUACACAAAAAUAUUUACAUUUUACAAAUUAUUAUGAACGAACUUAACUUUCGGCCAAAUUUAUACAAAGCGCUGCGCAAAAUGAUUGUCUUUAAGUAACUCUGUGUGUGUCUGUUUUCUUUAGCUUUUUCUUUUAAAUCGAUUGUUUUCAAUACCUAUUUUGGUUUGUAUUUGAUUUUUUGUCAAAUUCGUAUUGCAAUAAUAAACAUAAAUCAUGAAACGUGUAUUUGUUAAAGCAGUGCUUCCAAACAUUUUAGUUAUAAUAUUUUACAUUUAAACAUUUAUUAUUGAGCAGUGUUAUGCACAUACACAAAAGAAUUAUUUUGAAAAUGUUUCAAAGGCAGAAAUUUUAUUUUCAUUAGUAUUAAGCUUAAUCAAAUGCAAAAUCUAAAUGCAUGCACACACACACACACACAUAUAAAUACAUACAUUUAUUAUUUGUUAUAAACUAUUAUUGUGCUCAUAAUUAAUACGAACAAAAUGUAUCUAAUUUAUAAUUUGUUGAAAGCAAAAGGCAAAGACAAAAACACACAAAAACCAUUUAACGCAUAUCACUCUAGAGUUUGAAAUCGUGUUUCAAACCCGAUUACUAACAGAGCGAGAUAGAACCUUUUGUAUUUUGCAAAAUAUGUAGUACGAGUCUUUUAUAGUCAAUUUAAUAUUUUGGAGUGAGAGCGAAAAGCAAAAACGCCAACUGAAAUUAGCAAAUUUCAUGUUGUUUUUGGCACAUCCAAAUUAAACUACACGAAACUGUUUUUAUUCAUUUAAAUUAAUAUAUAAUUUGUAACUGUUAUUUAGUCGAAGAAACCGAGACAACUAGCGCCAGCAAUAGUCACUAACCGAAUCAUUCUUAAUUUUUAUUUUCUGUUUAACGAAUUAAAUUUAUAUCCAGUUUGAUGCUUGUUUGCCAUUUUUUUGUGUGAAACAAGUAUACACAUCCAGACGAAAUAUUUUUGAUUUUUGUUUUAAAUCUGUACUGUAAUGUUAU